AUGACUGAACUCAAGAACAUGAUGGCUCAAGUUCUUAAGGGACAGCUCAAGCAUAUCAAUGCAAUAGAAGGGAUGAGUGAUGCUAAUGAAGAUUCAUCAAGAGAAUGUAUGGGAGAUUUCUCUAAUGAAGCCAAUGAAGAAGAUGUGAACUACAUUGGAAACUAUGGGAACAAGGGAUACAAUCCAAGCUAUCGCCCAAACCCCAACAUGUCUUAUAGAAACCCCAAUGUGGAGAAUCCUCAAGACCAAGUGUAUCCUCCAAGGUAUACCCACAACAACAAAGACCUCCUUACCAAUCUCAAGGAAGUCAAUUUCAGCCAAGGCAAGGAUAUGAGCAGAGAUCAUCAUAUCCACCCAAGGAGCCAUAUGCUUCUUCACCAAAUCAAGUUCCUCCAACCAACAAGGUGGGAGAUUUGA